AUGGUAAUCGUGGCGGUGCAAACGCCAAGUGAAUGCAACCGCUUUCCUUGCCUUAUCUUCGAGGACAACUUUGACGAACUUGACAUUGAAACAUGGGAGCACGAAAUCACGAUGUCUGGAGGCGGGAAUUGGGAAUUUCAGCUAUACCAGAACAACCGCAGCAACAGCUACACAAGAGACGGAAAGCUGUUUAUCAAGCCGAUGUUGCUGGAGGACAAGUACUCCCCUGGUUUCGUUAAGUCGGGAAGCGUCAAUCUGUGGGGCAUGAACGGCGUCGGUGACGUGUGCACGGGCCACAGCUACUCCGGAUGCGAACGCAAGGGCAACGGCGUCCACUAUCUGAACCCGGUCACGUCGGCGCGACUUCGCACUCUCAACUCGUUCGCCUUCCGCUACGGACGCGUCGAGGUCCGUGCCAAGAUGCCGGCAGGAGACUGGUUAUGGCCUGCUAUUUGGAUGUUGCCACGCGGAUGGCCUUAUGGACAGUGGCCGGCGUCGGGAGAAAUCGACAUUGUUGAAUCAAGAGAAUACCUUGAAGGCUUGUUCGGCGGAUCCAUUGGCUCGCACGCUUCGGUGCGGCUGUUUGUUCGCGAAAGAAGCGUCGUUAAAGUAUCGCGUUAA